AUGCGCGGCUGCUGCAGGCUGGCGGCUGAGGUGGUGGAGUUGGAAGAGCGGCUGCUGCGCGCUAGGAGCAACGAACUGCGCGCCGAGAAGGAGGCCGCCCAGCAGGCGCAUGCCGCGCGCCGCGCGCAGUCGGCCGCGCAGUCUGCGCAGCUCGAGCGCGGCAGCCUCCAGUCCAUCAUUGAUACCCUCCAGGAGGAGAAGCGCAGCCUGCACGUGAAGCUCAGGAAGGCGGUGCUGGGCGAGCGGCUGCGCGCGGAGCAGCCACCCAAGGACGCCUCAACGCAGACCACCGCCACAUCAGCCGCCUCCCCAUCCAAGACCGCCGCUGCCGCCCCUGCCACCCCCAGGCAGCGCAGCGCACUGCUCGAUGACGCUCCUUCAAUGGUUGCGCCCAGUGUGCGGAUGGCUCAGGAAGCGCUGGAUGCGCACGCAUCUGAAGACGGUCUCUCUGAUGAGCCGCUCUCCGCUGCUCUCUGCCACCUGCUGCCACCGCUUGUCUACCAAGGCGGUGUGGCGGGGAAUGCUGCGGAGCUGAUCGUGCAGGAGCGCGCGGCCUUGUCAAACAUUCACGCCAUGCUAGCGACGCUGGAGUCGCAGCAGCGCUCUCUGCUCUCCAGCCUGCAUGCCAAGGAGGAGGAGAGCAGGGAGCUGGGCACCGAGAACGCGGAGCUGCGCAGCCGCCUGGAAGCUGCGCAGCAGAGGCUGGAGCUGGCGGUCUCGCGUUCCACCUUCGUGGCAGCCGCCCCGCAGCCGCAGGCAGCUGCUUCGGAGCCCGCAGAAGCCGCGGCCGCGUGCGGCGGCCGACGGCAGCUGUUUACGGAGUCGGCGCCCUCGACGCCGGCGCAGCCUCUCCGGCGACCCCUGCGUGCUCCCAAGGCAGAGGAGCCAAGGCGAGGAGCUUUGAAUUGGGUGCUGGAGUUCCUGGUGCCCCAUCCACAGACCUCGCAGAGGAUCGGCCAGUUUGGCUGA